GGCUGGAGUCUUGCCUACAAGAAGCAGGGGACAAAAAAAAGGCCUCCAUGCCUGGGAACCCUGCAGGGCCUCACUUGGUUUCAGAAUCUUGAGCGGCCUCAGUUUCUUCAUCUGUAAAAUGGGUGCUGGUGAGACUAGUGUUGAGAGAGAGAAUGAAUGUGCAAAAACGUUCCUGGCAUGUGGAGGCCUCUCACUCGGUAUGGCUUGGCCCUUCCAUCCCAUCUACGUUUUUCCAUUUAUAGAACACUUUGCACCCACUGUGCCUUUGAUUUGGGGGAGCAAGCUUUCUGUGGACAGCAGGUAGAGAAGGGACAUUCCUGGCAAGAUGUAGUUUCCAUGGAGGGGUGCCUGUCCUCAGGGAGUGGAUGAAGGGAGAGCUGGUUGUGAUGAGGCCCGAGUGAAAAAGCAGGGCCCUCUGUGACCAGCUCAGGCAGCUUAAACAGAUGCCAGGUGGCUGGAGAGGAGGUCACAGUGAUUCCUCCCUCUCACUUUUCUGUUUCUAUUAAUAAUAUUUCCAUUGUCCCAGCACCCAACCUCAAAACCCCCCACCCAUCCAUCCAUCUUUUCAUCCAUCUAUCUACCCAUUGACCCAUCCACCCACCCAUUCGUCCAUCUAUCUACCUGUUCACUCAUCCAUCUAUCCACCUACCCCCUCUUCCUUCCACUUAUUCAUCUUAUUCAUCCACCUACCCAUCCAUCCAUCCACUCAUCCACCCACCUACCUCUUCACACAUCCAUCCAUCUAACAGAUAAUUUGAGGGAGAUUAUGAGGACCAAGCACUGAAGAACAUCUCAGAUUUGUCCCUGAUUGUCCCCAGCUCCUUCUAAUUAGUUGGCAGUUUCUACAGCUGUGUGUUGUUCCCUCUCUGGCCACACCCUCCUCACACCUAGUUGUUUGUGCCAAGCUACUUUCAGUUCCACACAGGUGCCUGUUCUCUCUCUCUCUGGCAUUUGGCCUGUUGCAUGCUCUAUUUCCACAGGCAGAAACUUCCCUCUUCCCUGGCUGCCCUUCCCGCUUCUUCUGGUCUUCGAGCAAAGUGCCGCUCAGGAAGGCUUUUCCAGCUGGGUUAGUUCACCUCCUAUGAACUCCCUUAAUGUCCUGUACUCUCCCUGGGAGCUAACCCUCUCUUUUCUUCUCCUGUCUCCCAUGAGACUAAAAGCAACUUGAAUUACGCCAGGGGCCAGUGUCUAGUACAGUGCCUUCCAUAUAAUAAUAGACACACUCAAUAAGUAUUUGCUGUAACAACGAAUAAGUCAAUGAGUGGAUGGAUGGAUGGACAGAUGGAUGGAUGAUCGGAGAGCCAUUGAAGGGUUUGAAGCAGAAGUGAUUAGGUUAGGUUUUUGUUUUAGAGGAUGGCUUUGAGGGUGGUGAGGCAGAGACAGGGAAUCCCAUAGGAGGCCGUGCGCUGAUUCUGGGGAGGAAGUCUUGACCAAGCCAAUCUGGGGCACUGGGGAGGGAGCUAAAGAGGAGGAGACGGAUGUGGGAAGUAUUUAGGAGUUGAAAAUGGUAUAACUGAGUAAUCAAGUGGGUGCUGUGGACAAAGAUGAGGGAGAAAGCUGAAGGCCAGCCAUCCAAUGUGAGUGACUGGGCAGGAGGAGAUGCCACCUCCAAGAACAGACUAGUGGAGAAGAUGAAAGCAGGGUGGGCCUCACAGAGCAUGCCCUGUGCCGCGGAAGGAAGCUGGUUCUGUCAGCCUUCCACCUGGGGGUGGGGAGGACGUCUGGGAGGCAUCAGAGUGUUGACGGCAUUGAAAUCACAGAGGCGAUGCCGUGUGUGUGGAGGAGGUGUUUUCAUCUAAACGUCGUAUGUGUUUCUUCUUUGCCCUGCAGACUUGAGUAUUUCCGACUUUGCUUGCAGGAAUUCGCGUAUCAUCGGCCUGGGAAAGAGGAACCCGCAAACAGUCACACCAGCCCGCCUCACACAUGCGUACACUCAGCCCUAGCCAACGAUAGGCUUCGGCCAGGUGACUCUCAACAAAUUCCUAAGACCUGACAGGACGUGUUUUCACUUUGGUUUCCUUUGCCAGAUUUUGUUGGUGCCUGGGAGCCUGUGCUGAUGAAGGAAUUUUUAUCUUCCUGUGGGUAGAUUUUAUGUGGACUGUGGAGAACCCGAGGGCCUUACCCAUCACCAGUGAGGCCCGGCCUUUGCUACAGCUUGAACCACAUCCUAGAAACAAGGUGGCGCUAGAGAGACUGGUGCAUUCCUGAGCCCAUGAGGGUUGAGGCCCCUCCAGGCCCAAAGAUGGGGAACAUCACCGGAGACAACGGCUCGCUGAGCUGUGCCAUCGACCACACCAUCCACCAGACGCUGGCGCCGGUGGUCUAUGUCACGGUGCUGGUGGUGGGCUUCCCAGCCAACUGCCUGUCCCUCUACUUCGGCUACCUGCAGAUCAAGGCCCGGAACGAGCUGGGCGUGUACCUGUGCAACCUGACAGUGGCCGACCUCUUCUACAUUUGCUCGCUCCCCUUCUGGCUGCAGUACGUGCUACAGCACGACAACUGGUCCCACGGCGACCUGUCCUGCCAGCUGUGCGGCAUCCUCCUGUACGAGAACAUCUACAUCAGCGUGGGCUUCCUCUGCUGCAUCUCCAUCGACCGCUACCUGGCCGUGGCCCAUCCCUUCCGCUUCCAUCAGUUCCGCACCCUGAAGGCUGCCGUGGGAGUCAGCGUGCUCAUCUGGGCCAAAGAGCUGCUGACCAGCAUCUACUUUCUCAUGCACGAAGAGGUGGUGGAGGACGGGGACCGGCACCGCGUCUGCUUCGAGCACUACCCGCUCGAGCCCCGGCAGUGCGGCAUCAACUACUACCGCUUCCUGGUGGGCUUCCUCUUCCCCAUCUGCCUGCUACUGGCCUCGUACCGGGGCAUCCUGCGGGCCGUGCGCCGCAGCCAUGGCACCCAGAAGAGCCGCAAGGACCAGAUCCAGCGGCUGGUGCUCAGCACCGUGGUCAUCUUCCUGGCCUGCUUCCUGCCCUACCAUGCGCUGCUGCUCGUGCGCAGCCUCUGGGAGUCCAGCUGCCACUUCGCCAAGGGCAUCUUCAACGCCUACCACUUCUCCCUGCUCCUCACCAGCUUCAACUGCGUGGCCGACCCCGUGCUCUACUGCUUCGUCAGCGAGACCACGCACAGGGACCUGGCCCGCCUCCGUGGGGCCUGCCUGGCCUUCCUCACCUGCGCCAGCACUGGCCGGGCCCGGGAGGCCUACCCAUUGGGUACCCCCGAGGCCCCAGGGAAGAGCGAGGAGCCCAACGUGCUGACGAAGCUCCACCCGGCCUUACAGACCUCUCAGCCACCCGGAGCGGGAGGGUCCCCAGCGGGCGGACUGGCCUAGCUGUGUCGCCCCAUCACCCACGUGUGGGGCGAAGCAAGGCCUGAGCUUGCUCGACAGCUGCUGCCCACUUGGCCAAGGCAGGUGUCUCUUGCUGCUGGAGGGGACGAUGGACCUGGGCCACGGGGCCCUGGGUCUGGGCCUCAGCACAACCUCUCUGGGUCCAGGGAACCUGCUGUGGCUGCCGAGUCCGACGGGGCUGCUUGUUGAGUGUGGGGAUAAGCUCCGACAGUGCAUGGGGGUCGUCUGCUGCCAGCUGGGCGGCUGGCGGGAGGAAGACCUGCUCACGUCCAGGAGGUUUUCAAAGAGAAGCUCGGGUGGGGGACGCAGGGUGUGAGGACAUGGAGAGAGGGGCCUGGGAGAUGAGAGUGGGUACCUGGGGGCACACCUGCCAGGGCCUUCCAAUGCCGUUGUCACAGAUGACACCAGUCCAGAUGCACUGGUGUAACCGGGGGAGGUGACACACGAAAGUGUGCUGUCAUCAUUCAUACGUGAGCCUCACUCCACGAAGGGGUGGGAAGGAAGAUGAGUGGGCCCGGAGGUUGGAUGAGGAGAAGGAAUGUAGGGAGGGGUUUGGGGCACUGGGAGUGUGUGUUUGUGGGGGACAGUGGGGGAGUAACAGGUGGAGGAGGGGCACCAGAUACAGCCAAGUCACAGUUUCACAGGCGAGGAGGGUUGAGCAGAUUCCCCAAGCCCCAGGGCUGAUGGAAAACAAAUCCUAGGGCUCCCUGGGGCUCCAUAGGGCGAUGUCUGUGGUCCUUUAAAGUCAGCAUUGAAGUUCAAGGGCCAGGACAGAGGCCUAAAGCAGUACGUCCAGCUGAGUUCCCUACACAGAUUCGCCUCAAUUCAUCUUCUGUUUCUAUCUGCCUUGAAGCACCAGACCCGGAAGCCUGCGACUUUGUGUGUGUGUGUGUGUGUGUGUGUGUGUGUGUCCACGGUUAAAAUGCCAGGGUCUCCAUGACAGCUCUGCCCCAAGCCACUGAGGCUAGGGUCAUGUGACUGCUGGCAGUGUCCCCUGCCACACAGACUGGAGUGCCCAGCAGUCUCAGAGAGGAGCAUGACAUUCUCCCCAAGUUCUUAGAACAAAACAAACAACACGGAGAUGCAUGCUCUGUUACCUCUCAGCCCAAAGCCCCGGGCUGAAGCUCCACUGCGGUUUAAGUAGCCCCUGUGACAAGAAGAGGAGGGACCUUGGGCUCGCCUUGCCUCCUUGGUCCUUCAGCACUGCUCCUCUGCCAGAUGCCCCACCCCACCCACCUGGAGAGUGACAGUAGGCCCACGGGCCACAUGCAGACGAGGGUACUGACCACCGUCUCUUGUUCUGUCCUGGAAGGCUGGUGACGGGGCUCCUGCAACUUCGUGCCUGAGCAUAUUAAGCCUCUGCCUGGGGGAUGUACCAAGGACCAGAGGAGCUUCUUGCUCCUCCAGGGACCUGCCCACCUUCUUAGAAAUGCUAGCCCUUCAGAUCUCCUGGUCGGUGGGCUGGAGCCAGUUCUGACUUCCCCCAAAGACCUGGGAUUUGAGCUCUCACAGCUAAGAGGCUAGGUGGGCUCAAGCCCGGGGAGGGACCAGGGAUGGGAAGAUAGAAGCUGGCAUCAGUAGAAGAUUUCUGGAAUCUGUUAAAGGGCUGCCAGGGAGAAUAGUUUUUUCAAUCUCUCUUCAUGUCUCCCCUCCCCUCUCCCAGAAGUAGAUUCACCCUGAGUUUCUUAACCCUCCCAUCAGAGGUGUCCAAAGACUGAUAGCCCAGGGUGGGUGUGCCCUAAGGAAGUGGGGUUCCAGGGCUUGCUCUAGCUCCUUCUGGAUGGCCUUCCAUAACCUGGGGAGGUUCUCUUCCCCUUCACGGAGGAGGAACUGACCAGGUCUGCAGGUAGCAAAAAAAAGGCCACCCAGCCCCAGACCAGGAUUACAAGGGCAAUGACACUGGUUGAGACCUCCAUGCUUCCUCACUCCAAACUUCCUCCUGUUUUGAUCUUGAACAUGGACAUUCCCAUUGGGAUAAACUGGCAUGAGCUGAGGGCAGUUCCAUUUACUAUCAAGAGUUGUAUUUUUGUAUUGUCCUCUCUUUUAUGCCAAGUAUACAUGUGUUGGACCAUGCAAUGGAUUUAUGUAGCAAACUUGAGUCUGCAAAUAAAGCAAAGUAACCAGCCACA